UGUUCAAGAUGCAUUUCUUCAUGGAGAUCUAAAGUAGUCAGUGUAUAUGAUGCAUCCUCCUGGUUUUGAGGAUCCAACGAGACCAGAUCAUGUGUGCAAGUUGAAGAAAGCCAUCUAUGGUCUUAAACAAGCACCAAGGGCUUGGUUUGAUAAGUUUAGCACCUUCUUACUAGAGUUUGUGUUUCAGUGUAGCUUUCCAGACCCUUCUAUGUUCAUCUAUCAUAAAGAUACAUAUGUUAUUUAUCUGUUACUAUAUGUAGAUGAUAUGAUUUUAACAGGAAACAACGAGAUCUUGCUGACAGUUCUCCUUGAAAAGCUCAAUUCAGUCUUCCGUAUGAAGGACAUCGGAUCAAUACACUACUUUCUUGGAAUUCAAGUGCAUCAGUGUAAUGAUGGUUUGUUCCUAAAUCAGUCAAAGUAUGCUCAAGAUCUUCUAGUAACUGCUGGUAUGAGAGACUGCUCACCCAUACCUACUCCGCUCCAAAUGAAGCCAGAUAAACUUCCUGGUCAUGAUGAACUAUUCCCUGAGACAUCAUACUUCAGAAGUCUUGCUGGUAAACUACAGUACCUAACUCUGACAAGACCUAAUCUUCAAUUUUCAGUCAACUACAUAUGCCAGAAGAUGCAUCAACCAAGUGUUUCAGAUUUUAGUAUACUAAAGCGAAUCUUGCGUUAUGUUAAGGGAACAUUUGAUAUGGGGAUCAGUAUUAAAGGUCACACUGAUUCUACUCUAAUAUGUUACAGUGAUUCCGACUGGGCUGGAUGCAAAGAUACUCGUCGCUCAACUGGUGGAUUAUGUACAAUGUUGGGAACUAAUGUGAUUUCAUGGUCAGCUAAACGACAUGAUACUGUAUCCAAGUCUUCCACAGAGGCAGAGUAUCGAACGAUGUCAGCAGCAACAUCAGAGAUAGUGUGGUUACAAAAUCUACUGAAGAUAAUGGGAUUACAGCAAAGAGUAACUCCUAUGUUAUUGUGCGACAAUCUGUUUUUCAGUCUGCCUUACCGCCAAUCCGAUGUUUCAUAAACGGACGAAGCAUUUUGAUGUCGAUUACCAUUAUGUCAGAGAGAGGGUUGCAAUGAAGGCUUUGGAGGUGAAACACAUCCCCGCGACGAUGCAAAUUGCGGAUGUAUUUACCAAAUCUUUGUCGCAUGAAUCAUUUUUUAAAUGGCGUAACAAACUUGGAGUCUCCGUGCCGUAUACGCCAAGUAUGAGGGGGAGUAAAGGCCAUAAUGAUAUUGGGCCUGUGUAUAAAGCCCAAAUGGAGGAAAUGAAGAAGACCGUUAUGUCUUUGUCGGCUUCAGAGAAAUAAAGCAAGCAUCUCUUACGUGAGUAUGGUACGAACAGACCAGCUCACUGUGUCAAGACAAAGAACAUAUUUGAAUGUUUGGACAGCUGUGCUGUAGUGGGUAGAGCUUAACCUAAUUUUGAUGAAUGUAUAAAAAGAUGUAAAAAGCUAAUCUUUGCCGUCAAGUUGAAAAAGUUAAUAAAGAACAAGUUUUCAUCUUUGUCUUGUCUAUGUUUCUUGCCAUUCACAAUCUAAACUCCAAGCUACUAUGCCGAUAAUAUGGGACAACAACUGGUUUGUGGCAUGACUUAAAUGUGCAUAAGAGCUUUUCCUUGUAUGUUACUAAAUCAAUUCCUUUCUCGACAUUUAUUUAUUUUUUGUAAUGUGGCUUUCAUAUUUAGAGUUCGCAAUGCUUUUUUCUUGACAAAAUUACGAGUAGUUGAAUUUUGUCACAUGCACUGGAAUGCUUAGGUAGGUGAAGCACGUAGUAGAAUAUGAUUAAGUUGGUAAACAAUUCCCACGAUCCUUUAUGGAUUAAAUGAGUCCUAUUAUACCUAUAUGGAUGAACAUGAAAUCGACAUUCAAAGAGUAUUCGUGUAUAUAUAUUAUCUUCUAAUAUUAGUUAAAUAUUUAUAUUGAUCAUUUAGCUCAUAGUCCAUUCUUAUUUCAAACCUCAUAAAUGUGAUAAAUAAUAGUACUGUGUUAGUUACAUAUUCAUAUCAAUAUACACAAUGAACAGGUUGCUUUUGUUGAGUUUACGGAGGUAAUUACCUCUUUAGUUAAAACUAAAAUAGUUAAUAAUAAGGCCGGCUCCGAGGAAAGAAAUGUUGAUUGCCGGAGAGGAUUGGCCUUAUGAUCCAGAGAGGAAAGCGAUGAGGAUUGAGGACGAAUAGGAAAUGUCAUAAGUGCCACAGAAUCUCAGCUGAGAAAAGAGAGAGGAUUGCGAAGCUGAUGCUGGAGAUACCUCAUAUGCUUGUUGAUUACCAGAAGAGAAGGUGGGAGAAAGAAGAUGAAGGAAGAAGAGAAAGCUAAAAAAGACAAGUGAUUUGAUGAGAUUUUGUUAAUAAAGCUAAUAUCGUGUUUCGACAUAAACCAUAAAUAUAUUAUGAUAAUCUUAUCAAACUAAGGCAGUAAGCUAUAUUUUCUUGUAAAUUAGAAAUUAGAUAAAUAAUUAGUUCU